GCGUGAUGCCCACCCUUCACCCCCACACGCGCUCGUCUACAAAAUUAGGCGGGAAGCAGAAGAGCUCGAACCCUAGAAUUCUUACCGAGGAGCUUCAGUUUCAUCUUCAAUUUCACUACAAUCUCUCUCGGAAAUGGGCAUAAAGGGACUGACGAAGCUACUGGCGGACAAUGCCCCGAAGGCGAUGAAGGAGCAGAAGUUGGAGAGCUACUUCGGCCAGAGGAUCGCCGUCGAUGCCAGCAUGAGCAUCUAUCAGUUCCUCGUUGUGGUUGGGAGGAAGGGGACUCAGAUGCUCACCAAUGAGGCUGGUGAUGUCACCAGUCAUCUGCAAGGCAUGUUUUACCGGACGAUUAGGCUGCUGGAAGCGGGGAUAAAGCCAGUCUACGUAUUUGAUGGUAAACCUCCUGAUUUGAAGAAGCAAGAGCUUGCAAAACGUUUUUCGAAGAGGGCAGAUGCCUUGGAGGAUUUGGCAGUAGCCAUUGCGUCUCAGAACCGGGAAGACAUAGAGAAAUUCAGUAAAAGAACUGUGAAGGUGACUCAACAGCACAAUGAGGAUUGCAAAAAACUAUUAAGACUUAUGGGUGUCCCAGUAGUUGAGGCCCCUUCAGAAGCCGAGGCUCAAUGUGCUGCACUUUGCAAAGCUGGAAAGGUUUAUGCAGUUGCUUCUGAAGAUAUGGAUUCCCUUACUUUUGGAGCUCCCAGAUUGCUUCGCCAUUUGAUGGAUCCCAGCUCAAGAAAAGUUCCAGUCAUGGAAUUUGAAAUUUUCAAGAUCUUGGAAGAGAUGAAUCUGGAUAUGAAUCAAUUCAUUGACUUGUGCAUUCUCUCUGGAUGUGAUUAUUGUGAAAGCAUUCGAGGUAUUGGAGGGCUGACCGCUCUUAAGCUCAUCCGUCAACAUGGUUCGAUGGAAAACAUAUUAGGAAAUAUAAACAAGCAAAGGUAUCACAUACCUGAUAAUUGGCCGUAUAAAGAGGUUCGACUGCUUUUCAAGGAACCAAUAGUUUCUACUGAAGAAUUACCUGAGAUAAAAUGGACUGCUCCAAAUGAGGAGGGCUUAAUUUCCUUUCUUGUGAAUGAGAAUGGGUUCAACAUUGACAGAGUGACUAAGGCAAUAGAAAACAUUAAAGCAGCUAAGGAUAAGUCAUCACAAGGCCGAUUAGAAUCCUUCCUUAAGCCAGCUAAGCACCUAUCUGUACCUGCUAAGAGGAAGGGAAGCAAGUGCACACUCCAAUCCCCAAAUCUGGCGUUCAAGCCUAUGGCAGUCUCUCCACAAGCCUCUGCAAAUUUCCGGCCCCGUCUCCUUGGCAGCGUUAGAAUGCCAACCAUGGCCCUGGGUUUGAAGAACCUCAAACAACCGUUGAGAGUCGGCUGCCUCCCCACAUGGAGCUAAAAGAUGGUGAGUCUAUCAACCGUAUUGACUGAGCAGAUCCGGACUUAUUUAUGCUGUUUUUGCCUGAUCCUGGAUGUGAGUUGAUGCUUUUGUUACCGAAAAGCUGGUCACGGCUCAUUGUUGUACUUAUGUUACUGAUAACUCAAGUGACACUUCCAGUGA